CGUGAAGUGAGAUAAAAAGGCGCGCAUAUUCGAAGUUGAUAUUUCGACGUCGGAGUUCACCAUUUCCACGCGUUAGGUUUACUAGCAGCUUUGCAAAAUGGUACGAACGAAAGCAGACAGUGCAGGAAGGAAAGCUGUUGGUGCCAAAGCUCCUCGCAAACAGUUUGGUGCUUCAUCAUCAUCAUCGGUUGGUUCACCAAACAACUCAGGAGGAGGCAAGAACAAGAACAGCGGAGGAAAUCCUGUCAAGUGGUGGCCAUCCCCCAAAUGGCAAAAAGGCAUUGGACAGUUCUUUCCUAAAGAUGGAGCAAGUAAUGAAGAUUUCUCUGAAAAACCACAGGCAGCAGAGGCAAACAGUUACCCAGGGGCCUCCUCUGAAGAAUUGGGACUAGAUGGAGUUAAACCAAUUCAUGAGGACUGAACAACAACCAAUAUUAUCAAUCAUAAAAUUUCAUGAUGUGUUCAUCAUUUGAACAGUUUCAUGAGCGUGCAACUAGUGACAUUGAUCAACUGAUAUCAAUAAAGGCAUAUAUUAUUGUACAGUGAGGAGUCUAUAUAGUACAUUAUGAGGUAAGUUUUUUCUUUUGAAGCCAAGUAUUAUUUUUUUUUUCUCUGUCAAAGCAUCAUAUGUCACACGCAAUUAUCAAUUUCAACAUCUUUCUAUCAUGGACAACUGCACUCAGAUGUGUUUACCACUGCAUUGUAAUUUAUGUAUUUAUUUCACUUGAAGACUUCAAUUGUUUCACUUAGAAUUGCCAUGUAUUCUGCUGUUUAACUAUUCUGUAAUGUAUUUUGUCAUCUGAGUAGUACUGUCAAAUACCUUGUUACUGUACAUAUUAAAUAUAACAUAUUUCAAACACAA